CCUGCCUUGAAAGAGGUGAAGAGUUUUUCACAGUUCAAGGUUUGCUUUCAGUGACAGCGAUUUGCUUAGUCGGGUUUUGAGAGCCUGGUAUACGGGUUACUGAGGCGGAAAGCCCCGCUGUAGAGAGCCAAUAUGAUGAACAUGUGGAAAGUCCGGGAGUUGGUUGAUAAAGCAACCAAUGUGGUGAUGAACUAUUCCGAGGUCGAGUCCAAGGUGAGGGAGGCCACAAACGAUGACCCCUGGGGACCUUCGGGACAGCAGAUGGGAGAGAUCUCCAGAUGUACAUUCAUGUACGAACAGUUUCCAGAGGUGAUGAACAUGCUGUGGACCAGGAUGCUCAGGGACAACAAGAAGAACUGGAGGAGGGUCUACAAGUCUCUGCUAUUGCUGGCCCACCUCAUCAGGAACGGUUCCGAGAGGGUUGUCACCAGCGCCAGGGAACACAUCUAUGACCUCCGAUCUCUAGAGAGCUAUCACUUUGUCGACGACAACGGUAAGGACCAGGGAGUGAAUGUGCGUCAGAAGGUGAAGGAGAUGGUUGACCUGAUCCAGGAUGACGACAGGCUGAGGGAGGAGAGGAAGAAAGCCAAGAAGAACAAAGACAAAUACAUCGGCGUCUCCUCUGACAGCAUGGGGGGCGGGUUCAGCAGAUACUCAGGUGAGCGGUAUGACUCUGGUGGCUCGGGUAUGGAAGGCAGCAGGGGGAAGUGGGAUGAGGACUGGAAGAAAGACCAAGGCCAGUUCCCCUUCAGUGAGAAGCUCGGGGAGAUCAGCGACAAGAUCGGCAGCACCAUCGAUGACACCAUCAACAAGUUCAGGAAGCAGGGCAGAGACAGCUCACCGGACAGAUUCAGUGACCACGAGGAGGAGCGAGAACGCCCGUCACGGAAUGGCCAGUCUGGGAGAUCAGAGUUCAAAGAUGAGGAGGAAACCGUGACGACCAAGAGUGUCCAAAUCGUCCAGGCAACAGAAACCACGGCAACCAGGAAGAAAGGCGGGGUUCCAUCCAAAAAGGUUGACCUCGGAGCCGCGGCCAACUACACGGGAGACAGGAGCCCCAACACCACCUCCAAGCAGACUCCGUCCCCAGCAGUACCCAAGGUCUCCAGUAGUGGUCUGGCUGACCUGUUGAUGGUGGAUACUGGGACCAGCCAGCCUGCAGCAGUCAUAGACCUCAUAGGGGGCUUUGCUGACUUCUCCUCUCCUGCUGCCUCUGUCAGCCUCUCCACGGCACCUGCCUCCACUGGGAACGGUGACUUUGGGGACUGGAAUGCUUUUCCCGACGGCCAGGUCCCUGUUCCCUUCGCCCAGCCCGUGGCCCCCAGCAACACGGACCUGUUUGGGUCACUGUCUGCUGGCCCCGCCCCUUCCGCUGGCCCGGCUCCUGCCUCUGCUGACCUGUUUGAUCUGAUGGGUCCGGUCCAGACCCAGACUCUCUCUGCCUCCCAGAGCCUCAACUUUAACAUGACCAGCACACAGUGUCUCGGCUCCACCAUUCCACAGUCCAGAUCACUGCCCUUCCAGGCGAUGGGCGGUCCAUUGCAGCCCCAGCAGCAACAGCAGCAGCAGCAGCAGCAAGGCAUGAUGGGUACCCAGGUGUCCUCGGGGUCAGCAAUCCCCUCCACCUGGUCCGACUCCUCGGUCAACAUCAGUCUGGACUUUCUGGCCCCCGGCGUGCAGCCGCCCAAACCGGCCCAGCCCACGCUCAAUACACUCCAAGGAAGCCAGCCCCUCUCGCCCGUCAACAUGCUGUCCCAGGGAUUCGCUGGCAUGGGCCUUGGCCCCGCCCCCAUCAGGCUGCCUACAACUCCCAUGAUGCACCCCGGUGCUAUGAUGGGCAUGACCCCCACCCAAGGGCUGAUGGGAAUGAGUAUGAACAUGGGCACCAUACCUCCGACUAACAUGGCCAUGGGAAUGGGAAUACCGGGUCCUAUGGGCAUGGGGGUGCCGGUCAUGUCAAUGGGCACUGGCAUGGUACAGCAGCAACAGCCCAAGCAAGGAUUGGACGCCUUUGCAGAUUUCGGCAACUUCAUGAAGUGAAAGAUGAAGAGGUGACAUGACUGAGAGGAAGAGGGUUGUUGCCGUUUCUUUCUCUCCGUCUGUCCAUCCGACUGUCCGUGAAGGAUUGAAGAGCUGCAAACAAAGAGUACUUGAAUGAUGUCAGAUAUCAAAAACCGGCCACCACCCCUCCAAUUGCUGUUUGUUUCUUUUCUUUUUCUUUUUUAAGUAAUGUAUAGAGAUUAAUAUACAUGAAUGUAUGUUUUAAUCAGUUGUAGCUUGGAACCAAGGACACACAAAAUACAGUAAUGGUUCUGUGCUGUUGGUUUUAGAUCAGAGAAAGUAUAUUAAAAAAAAACAAACGGUGAGAGCAACCUGAAUCUUGUUUCAACAGAAUGUCACAGGUGUUAUGCUUUUCUUUACUAAUCAAAUGAGAUGCCCACAGUAUCUGACUUGUAGUUUUAAAGUAACCCCACCCCAGAAAUACCCCACAUCUUUUCAAGAAUGUAAAGUUAGACUUGUUCUUCCUUCCCAACACCUGUAAAUAUUACUUUGGUGCGACAGACAAAUAAGUUAUUGAGUACUUGAUGAAGAUGUUGUGAUGCCGUGACGAGUUAUCGAUUGGACAAAAUCUGAGGUAUUUCAAGAUGUGGCUCUGGCAAACUACAUUGUCAGGAAGUCAGUCUUUAAUAAUACUUGGUUUAUAUUACAGCAUCCGUGCUCCCAACAUGGAGUUUCUUUUCAAUAGUAGACUUAACAAAUUGAUCAAUGAAUUGUUGAUUGACGGGUGGAUUUAAUAACUGAAUGAAUGAGAUGAAUGACAAACUGUUAAAUUAAGAAGCUGUUGUGAUUAUACCACGCAGAUCUCAUUUGUGGCCUUUCUUAUGCGUAUAUUUUUUUAAUGAAAUAUGAGAAUUUCUUUCCUUGCAUCCAAAUAAGAUAAUCAGUAGGUAUAGGUAACCUCUCGUGGGGUUGUGUUCUUUAAAUAUGGCACAUGGUGCCUGUAUAACAGAGGCCUUUUUCUUUCAUUCUAACUUCAUACACUAUACAGUGUUGAUUACAGUGGGUGGGCAGAAUCUGGGAACCUUUUGCCAUUAUGGAGCCUAGAGCACAGGGCAGUAUGUGUUCGUGUUAAGGCUCCAUCUAUCCACUGUUCCUCUGGGGUAAGGUGAAGUUGCUCCUAGAUGCUGGUCUUGGGUCAGUUGGGCAUGUUUUCCCAUUUAUGUUUAUAGUUAGGAUUCUGAGAAGGAAAGCUGAUUCUUGAUCUGUGCUUAAUGGAGUCUUAACCCCCUGUUGCUAUAGUAGAUUUUUCACAGUCCAGGUCUAGGUCUUGUAAAGGAUUUGUUGGUCUCUAUUUCUUCUGGCUCUAUCCCGUAUUGUAACCAAUUGACUUCAUAGUGCACUAUAUAGAAAAUGGGGUGCAAUUUGGGAUAGACUCUUUGUGUAACAUGUUGAAGUCAGCAGCAUCUCCACUAUGCCAGAGUCUCUCCCAUGUAUACUGAGUCUGGACUUCUGUCUGGACUUCUGUCUCUGUGCUUUGAGGUUGACACAUUUGAGUAGACUUCAUGAAAUUCCCAGGUUUCCCAGAAAUCCGGGUUGGAAAUUCCGAGCAAUCUCAUGGGGAAAACCUGAGAAUUUAGAACUUUACUUGGGUUUGGCAACACUAGCUCCACUUCCAUGCCGGUCUCUAAAUCCUGGUGGGAGCCACUCUUAUUCAGUGACAUGAAGGUGUUUAGUUUUGUACCCAACAGGGUAGCCUGAAAUCCACAAUGUUGCAUAUUAACAUUCCACUCAUUGAACUGUCCGGUUUGGCACGUACUAGCAGGGAGUCUACUGAGUGGAAUGAUUACACAAACAUUUGUACUCUGGGGUGGUAUUCAGUCAGCACCAUUUUCUGUGUGGGUUUGUGCCUACCCUGGCUAUAAGUAUAUAUAUCCACACACACCGUAGCCUUCUGUUCUUUCUGAGACCGAAUCUGAAACAAGACAUUCCCUGUUUGAAAUGACCAAAAUCAAAAUCUAUCGACUCUUUGCUUUGUUUUCUAAGAGGAAUUGUUUUUAUUCUUUGGUUUUAGUUUUUCUACUACUUCUGAUUCUUCCCAGGUCUUCUGUAAAGUGGAAUUGUUACUGGAAAAGAAAACACUACGUUUAUGCAAAUGUAUACAAGAAAAUAAGCAUAACCAACGAGAGAAGCCUUCAGAUAUUGUAAAAAUGUUUUUCUGUUUUCUUUUUUUUUCACAUUCAGAUCCUUUUAUCUACAAGAUUAAACAGUUGAUUACA